UUCAUUUUUAUUAUUAUGGCAAUAAAUGCUAGUUGCGGUUGCGAUGCGAUUUGAUUUGCGUCCAUAGCACUGUGGCAUUUUUCUAAAUAAGAAUUAAUUAGUUAAUGCACUGGAGAAAUAAAACAGUACCGUGCAGUUGAAUGAUUACAAACGUGUAGUUUUAGAAGGCGUUAACAAAGUGCUUUUAUUUUUAUUGAAUUCGAUACAAUGACCCCCGAGUUCACGGCUACACUUGCUAGCGUAUCGUGAUAUUUAACCAACCAUCAUGAGAAAAAUAUUACUAACAUUUUUUAUGUUAUGUUACUCCUAAUUUGGCGGUAUAAAUACUCAUAAAAAGUGUUAUCUCUCGGAACUAUGUGUUUUCGAUGUUAUGAUCAAUAAAUGGUUAACUCCGUAGUUGAACGUCUAGGCGGCAUGGUGUUACUGUGACAUUGCGAUUUGGAAAUAUGUAAAUAAACAUGAACGAUAUAAGUGUGAAAAUAGUGGAUUUUGGUAAGGAACAGACGGGAGUCGAUAUUGUGGCUCCAGUGGAUACAGUGCCUGAAAAUGAAGUGGAUCCUUUAGCGAUAGACGAAUCAAAGGUCAAAGAAGAAACGGAAGUGGUCGAGACGAUCGAGGUACUGGAAGUGCCGGAGAAGCCGGAAGUUGAGAAAACGGUGGAAAGCUGUGAUCAGAAUGCCAAAGAUGAGAAUUUAAGUGUGAAACGGGAUUUGGGAAGUGAGGAAUUGAAGUUGCAGACACAACGGAUUAAAGAAGAUCUACUGAAAGAAGAUACUAUAUCAUUAGCAAGUACCACAGAGGAUCCUACAGAAGAACCAGACACCCUUCAAAAUGGCGCUGACCUUGAGGACACACAACCAGAAUCAGAACCAAUAGCAGCAUCCACUGACAAUGUAGAACCCACCCCUGAAGAGACAAUAGAAGUCCCAGAAGUCACUGAGGCUGCUGUCCGAAUUCCUGAAACCCCUGCAAUAUCAGAUCCAGUUGUGUCAAAAGCAGUGGCACCACUUCUCCCAACUGUUUUUGGCCCUGUGGUCCCGACAGUCCCCAUCGCUCCUACUGUAUCAUUAACACCAACUGUAGUUGCCCCAGUAGCACCUGCUAUCUCAGUGGUGCCAUCAGUGUCUGUAGCUCCAUCUUACCCAACACAGGCUGUGCCAGUGGCACCAAUUGUACCAGCAGCACCAACUAUCCCGGUAGCACCAACAGUUCCUAUAGCACCAACACUUCCAGCAAUCCCUGCUGUUCCUUUAACUUCAGCUGUUUCAAUAUCUCCAGUAUCUUCUUCAGUUACACCAGCUGUAUCAAAACUUUUUCCAGUAUCUACAGCUCUUCCGGUAGCGCCUACACCAGCCCUUCCACCAUCCCCUGCUAUCCAUAUUGUCCAAGAGACACAAAAAGAGCCAAGUCCACUUAAAGAAGUGCCUGUAAUAGUAAAGGAAGAAGAGGUGAAAUUGCUGGAGAGAAUAGUUGAGAAGGUGGUGGAGGCUGAUGUGGAGAUGAUCGAGGCUCCAAUCAAAGUGAAGACUGAGGAGAAGACUGCCAAACAGCAGGCUGUUAAUGGGGAUGUGGCUAAGGAGGAGCAAGCAACAAAAAGACGAUCAAGUGAAGAAGCUGAAACCGAAUCUCCACUCAAGAAACUCUGCCAGGAAGUAGAAAAGACAUUCCCGCAACACGACACUAUGAUCAAUGACUACAUACAGACCGCCACUAAGAACAACAUCGACGAAAUACAAAGGCACACUGAGCAGUUGCUAUCAGAGAUCCAAACUUUGAGGGAACUAGCGCAGAAAAAAGAACAUGAAUGGAACAACAUCCUUCACUUAAAGAAAGUCAAAGAGGAGAUUCUAUUAAGGUUACUACGUAGAAAACAAGUGCUAUCAUUCGAAAAGGCAGCUGAUGUCAACGGUUCAGACCGCACUGAUCCUUUCGAUUACCUAAACCAGGCUAAGAACUUAGCUAUAGAUAAAAGCGAUGAGAUAUCAGGGUUGUCUCUUAAACCACCUUGCUCUACAAUGAAUCCUAUAAUACAACCGCCUGUUAUGCCUGUGACGACGCAUUUCAACCCCAUGGUAGGGUUACCACCGCCGUAUGACAAAGCAGCUCACAUGCAGUCUAUGCCUAAGCCAGUAUUCCCUCAACCACUCUUACUGCCUGGUCCGACCAUGCCAGGUUUCCCUAGAGACAUGAACGGGCAGCUACCAACAGGUUUCGGCAUGCCAAUGGGCCGCCAGGGCCCUACUAAGGACGUCAAGUCUAUUAUAGCGGACUAUAGACAGAGGAACCCGGAGAUAACGCCUAGAAGAGGAAGGAGGAUGAAGUCCAUUUUGAAUCCGAAUAUGAUGAACAACCCUAGAGCUAUAGCGCCGAAGAUAAUGGACAACAUGAAUAAUUAUAAUAAUCUCAACAAUUUGAACAUGCUUUUCAAUAAUUUGGAUAUGAACCAAAAGGCCAUGCUAGAGCGCCUUCAGCAAAUCCAAGCCGGAGCGCUGCCCAACGGUGUGUCCUUCAAGGACGUGCUCGUCCAGUUCGCGAACAUGCAGCAGUCGCCCGGCAUGCCCGGGAUGCCCAGGCCUCCGGAGACCGUCACCACUAGGCCUGAACAUGUCCCAACCCGCCCUGAAAGAAGACAGCAGACGCCCCGGGAGAGGCAUGAGGAAACGAUGCAGAAUCCAGCAGAACGAAUGGCCUCCCCGAGCCCGCGCCUGCCGCCGCCGCCGCCCUACCCCGAGAUCUCCCUGCUGCCCGUCACCACCAGCCAGGACACGCCCGCCACGCAGAACUCGCUGCUCCACGGCAUACUCACUAAGCAGGCGACCCCUGCACAGAGUUACUCGCCGACUCUGGCUAAACUGCUGACGUCCCCGGAACGCAAGCAGGCGCCCAAUCUGCCGGCGUUCGGUCAGGCCAAGAAUUGCGGCGAGAUCACGAUAACGCCGGUGCAGCCGACGCCGCCGCCCGCCGACGCGCCGAGCGAGAAGGAGGAGGUCGUUCAGUUGGAUGACGAGGAGUCCCCAGCAUCAGAAGGCUCGGCGGCGGCGUCCCCCGCCGACGGCGGCCGCCUCGUGAUCGACGAGGGCUCCGACGACGCGCCGCCCUGCCAGGGCUGCCGCCGCCGCGCCGCGCAGUUCGUGUGCGCCGGCUGCGCCAACCAGUGGUACUGCUCCCGCGACUGCCAGGUGACAACCUUACUGUACACUAGUCAUGCAGGGCUCCGACGACGCGCCGCCCUGCCAGGGCUGCCGCCGCCGCGCCGCGCAGUUCGUGUGCGCCGGCUGCGCCAACCAGUGGUACUGCUCCCGCGACUGCCAGGUGACAACCUUACUGUACACUAGUCAUGCAGGGCUCCGACGACGCGCCGCCCUGCCAGGGCUGCCGCCGCCGCGCCGCGCAGUUCGUGUGCGCCGGCUGCGCCAACCAGUGGUACUGCUCCCGCGACUGCCAGGUGACAACCUUACUGUACACUAGUCAUGCAGGGCUCCGACGACGCGCCGCCCUGCCAGGGCUGCCGCCGCCGCGCCGCGCAGUUCGUGUGCGCCGGCUGCGCCAACCAGUGGUACUGCUCCCGCGACUGCCAGGUGACAACCUUACUGUACACUAGUCAUGCAGGGCUCCGACGACGCGCCGCCCUGCCAGGGCUGCCGCCGCCGCGCCGCGCAGUUCGUGUGCGCCGGCUGCGCCAACCAGUGGUACUGCUCCCGCGACUGCCAGGUGACAACCUUACUGUACACUAGUCAUGCAGGGCUCCGACGACGCGCCGCCCUGCCAGGGCUGCCGCCGCCGCGCCGCGCAGUUCGUGUGCGCCGGCUGCGCCAACCAGUGGUACUGCUCCCGCGACUGCCAGGUGACAACCUUACUGUACACUAGUCAUGCAGGGCUCCGACGACGCGCCGCCCUGCCAGGGCUGCCGCCGCCGCGCCGCGCAGUUCGUGUGCGCCGGCUGCGCCAACCAGUGGUACUGCUCCCGCGACUGCCAGGUGACAACCUUACUGUACACUAGUCAUGCAGGGCUCCGACGACGCGCCGCCCUGCCAGGGCUGCCGCCGCCGCGCCGCGCAGUUCGUGUGCGCCGGCUGCGCCAACCAGUGGUACUGCUCCCGCGACUGCCAGGUGGCCGCCUGGGACGACCACUCGGAGAUGUGUUCCGGGUAGCGCCCGCAGCGUGACGUACAGACAUUUGCCUUAUAACAUGCCGUCAGGUGACUCGUGAAUCUCGGUGACCUUCGCGCAGCUAGAGAGGUCUAAUUUAUUUCGUGUUUGUACAUUGUAGAUGCGUCUUUUGUAACCAAAAUAUUGUACAGUGAUGGUUUUAAGUUGGCUCUGAAUUUUUGAAGCUUAGCUAAAUUCUUGUUCUGUGUUUUUGGUAAUGUAUUCUUGAAAAUACCUAAACAGAGACAUGUUAUUUUUUGAAGGCAAGUGGUUUGUUUGUCCUGUUUUUAGAUCCUGCGCCGUUAGCAUGGUCGCCUCUUUAUGAGUGGUAGCAUUUCUGUCACGUUCUAACAAGUAUGUAACAGCGAAAGUGACGCAUCAUACGACAGGCGGUAAAAAUUCGACCAUGCUAACGCCGCUGAAUUGUUGGUGAUAAGAAUUCUAAGUCAUAUAAAUUGGCAGCUGAAUAAAAGCAUCUAAAUAAAAAAAUCUGUGAUUUUCAUGCCAUUAUUUCGUUUAAAAAUAAGUGUUAAACAUUGAAUAAAAAAAAAGUGUCAAAGCCACAAUUUAAAAACAUCACUGUCUCAAGGCUAGAGCACACCGGCUGCGCGUGCGCUAAAAUGUUCGAGCCGCGUACGCAUACGUUACGCAAACAGUGUGUCAUCUCUCAUAAGGAUCUGUAUAUUACAACGCGCACGAGCACGUCAACGCACACGCGCCCGGUGUGCACAGGCCUUUUUCCUAUGUAGGUAUUGAUUUUUCCUAUAUUAUAGUAGAGUGUCAAGCUUCUUCACGCUCUUUAGGAAUGCUAUUUUAAACUAUUAGAUGUAGGAUAAAGUAUUUUUUCAAUGUGACUGCUGACUACAAGAAUGUAGUGAAUCAUUUUCUAACGACGCCCGUUUUUUUUUUUUAAUCGGUCGUACAGUUUUUGCGGUAAUAAAAUCCCGUGCACUCAGCUCUUGUGAUAUUUUACUGUUGAGAAAAAAUCAAUGAAAAAAUUAAAAGUUAAAGAAAAUUUAAUCUUCCUACUAAAACAAUAUAUUUAUUGUGAAAUCAGUAUAGACAAUAAAGUUGAAUGUUUGAAUGAAACACACCCACAUUGAGAGCCACGCCACACUAGCGUCUUUUGAGCGUCGGCGUCUAGUCAGCGCUAUGGAAAAUGGCGUCGCUGCGCACUUGCGCCAACUAUGGAGCUAUGGAGGAAUCUCCAUAGGCACAACAAUGUUGCAAACGGCAAUGUUGCAAAAGUGUCCAGCUGUCAGCUAUAAAUAAUAGUUCCAAAUCUCUCCAGAGUAGCGCUAGAGUAGCUGAGAACCUAGGCGUUAUUGACGGAGUGAAGUGCGCUGUCUGAUUUGUUUUUUUUUUUUCAAAUAUUCUAGGUAUUGUAGCGCCACCUAUUUAAGGUUUUUUGAAGGACACUUUUUGGUACAUGGAGAUUGUAUCCCUUACCUUCCAUAGCGCCAACGUUGCGUCGAACUGCAGCCAUAGAGUUGACUAGACGCUGACGCUCGGGAGACGCUAGAGUGGGGUGGCCCUCAAAUGCCCAAGGAGUAUCAUUACUAAGUAUUACGAUAUUGUAUAACAAUACAGAACGCGUAAUAUAACCUAAUCCAAUCGAACGGUUGUAACGAUUUAAAUAAACUUAUUUAAAUUAUUGACUGACAAUUUUGUGGUAUUUAUUUUAGGCAGGUUAGCGAUGCCUGUAUUAUACAUCCCAUCUAUAAAAUAUUAAUAGAAAAUAGCAUAAUAACCAAUAAAUAGUAAUCACAAUGAAAGGUUGUGAAAAGUCGCAAAAUUAACAUUUUUGUUUUUUUUUUUUAAAUAUGGUUGCAUAAAAUAGAAUAUUUGUGACGUUCUCAAGCAAAAGGUACCACAUUGUCGCUUACCAUAAGCGAAAUUUAUACAAAUAACCUGUUCUUAGAGAGCGUCCUUAUGGCAAGCGGUGAUGUGGUACCUUUUGCUUAAGAAUGGCACAUUUGGUUGAUAAUACUGCACGACAGGCGGAUCAAAACUCUUUCCGUUGUCUUGUUUUUUGACCCCAGUAGAGCUUUUUAUAUGGGUGAUUUUAAGUUUAUAAUUUUUCUCAAGCAAAAUAUAAUCUACAGCUAUAAAGACAUGUCGACUUUUUUUUUGUUUGAUAUAAGACAGAGACCAAUACAAGCGUAACAGAGUGGUCAGAAACAAGACAGCGAAAAGAAUUUUAGACCUAGGCCUAAGUCGAGUUUCAGUUAAACAAUAGAGCAAAGUAAGCUCGGUUCACAUCGGAUAAUACUACUCCAAAUGGGUUGAUCAAUCAAUGAUGUUCUGAAAUUAAAUUAUAACCUCCUAAGGUCCUACAAGAACAUCGAAGAUUGCCAGUGGAAUUUGAACCUUUAGCGAAGGCCAUAGAGUUUAUUUUGUUUACUCUGGUACUCAGGUAGGACUGUGUGUCUGCCUUAGGAGGCUAUCGUCAGAAUAUUAGGCGCAGCAAACAGACCAGCCGACGUAGCCAAGGUGACAAUUGUUAUCGCUUUACAACGAAACGCUUUGUGUCUCUAUCACUCUGCCAUAUUAGUGCGACAGCGACAGUUGCGUUUCGAUCGCUACGGAGCGUAUGCGAUUUGCAUGUUGGCUACGCGGCCAGCACUCGCGCACAGCAGAGGGCCUACCGCGAACCACGUUCGACGUGUUGCCUCCCUGUCACACUUACGUACGAAUUUACAAGUGCGACAGAGAGGCAACACGUCGAACGCGGUUCGCGGUAGGCCCUCGGUGCUCGAAAAUGACAUCAGGUAUUCAUUGAUCUACAAAUAUUUCUGUUUCAAUGCAUUCUCGACCAUUUUUAGCUUUCCACAUGAAAGUGCACCUUAUCGUAACAGCAUAAGGUACUUUUUGGUAAGGAAAUCUAUUACAUAAUCCCUUAUAGGGAUAAAUUCGCCUUUGUACAUUGCCAAAGUUUUUUUUUUUUCCUUUUAUUGUAUCUUCCCUAUUAUUGUUUAUUGUAUUUUUAUUGUAUUUUUUUCUUAUUGUAUUGUCCCUUAUGUACAAUAAAGUGUUUACAUACAUACAUCUGUAUGAAAUGUACCUAAAUACUACUGUAAUAUUAUGUAUCAGUCUAAUUUUGCAUAUAUUUUGAAACUCGGCGAGCAGAAUAGCCAAUUCGCCAUCUCUAACUAUGGAGUACAUUUCGAAAGAGAUGGAUGCAACCGGGAGUCAUGUAGACUUGCAAUUGUAUUCAUUUAUUUUAUAAUGACUUGUAUAAUUUAAUCAAAUAAUGUUUACAAAACUAUUUAGGCUAUUCUUUAUAUAUCGGAUGCUAUAUAUAAAUAAGCUAUAUAUAUCGUAGCGAGCCGUAGGAUAAACAUACAAUAAAUGUUAUUUAUGAAUGUAAAUAUUAUCAAAUUAUAUAAAUGAGUUCUGAAUUAUGCCGCACUAUAUCUUAUUCAGAUCAAAUUAAAUUAAACCAAAUCGUUUUAAGCUUGGUAGUAAUAAAAAUAGUGGUUCCGAAGAACAUAUUAUUUUUUUUUUAAAUUAUAUUUGGGAGACUUGAUUUUUUGCUAUUUAGUUUAAAUAUUUCUCGAUAAAUACAAUUGCAUAUUUCGUUUCCGUAUUUGGCAUUUAUACAUCGUGUCAUUCACGAAGACGCGUGCCUUGGUUAAGGUUAGAUUUGACAAAUCUGCGCAUCAUCGUGGAUGACACGAUAAAAAGAUAAAUACAGCUUUGAUGAGAAAUAUUUAGACACACACAGCGACAGCGAGUCUCCCCCGCCGUGCCUUUAAGAACACCAGAGGGCCUACCGCGGACUUCAUAGUUCGCCUACUGCGGGCAUCUUUCUCUGUCACUCUAAUUACGCCUUCAUUAGAGUAAAAGAGAAAGAUGCCCGCAAUUUACGAACUUCGGUGUUGGUGGUAAGUUCUCAGAGCGUGGCAUGGUUCAGAACUGUGUGUGCCUGCGUUUACACGCACCGGAAUAUAAGGACACGCCUUUCAUAUGUAGUUUGAGCCCCAAUCUUGGCUUGAGGGCUCAUCAGGGUUUGAACUGAUGUUCGUACUUCAGUUUGAAUGUUAUUGGAUAAUCUCGGUUUGUGUUUAGAGUCGAAACGGCUACCGUUUUUUCGCUCUUGACACAUUGAGCGCCGGGAACCCGCUUGGCGGGCGCUCUAUUCGUAGUCCCCUAGUCGCUUUCGAAAACGCUAGAAUCGGCUACGCGUGUAGUGAAUGCGCUAAGCCAUGACAUGACCGGCGGGUUAUCGCAUGCUUUUAAAUAUACAAAAACCGAUCACUCACGUCGAUUGGUUAGCCGACGAUCGUGUCAAGCAAUAUUCGACUUAAAAACACAUGCAAACAACAUGAUGUAAACUAUUAAGGUAUCUCGAUUUGAAAUUAUCCAAUCACAACUACUUCAAAAAUGAUUUCGUCUUCAAUUCGCCUUGAAGUUUAGACGCAGAUGCUAAAACGUUCUAGGUUUGUAUAACUCAAGUCUAUGAAUAUUUUAGUUAGAUAGUUUAAGAUAAGGCUGGCAUAGACUACCUAAAAUCUAAUUAAUCUUAAAAUACUGACACAAGCAUAGCUCUUAUGCACAUAUGCAACGUAUAAAGUGAAUGACUUAGGCAGGUCCAUAAGGGCUGGUGCGAAAACACUGAACUGUCAAAUUUGACAUAUACAAUCCGCGCCAUCUUUCGUGAAUCAACCUAUGUUAAGGAACAUUAAAUUUAUAACUGACCCUCGAUGGACCUUAUGUAUUUACAAUAGGGUCUAUUGUCAGUUAACAGUGUAGGCGAUUGUGCGAGAGCAAAUAAUGUUUGUGUUCAGUCUCAAAUUUGCGUGUAACGCAGUUCCCUUACCCAUGAUCGCAGCUAGCGAUAAUUCGUAUUCUAUGCGAGUCUCUAAUUAGUUUUAUAGAUAAACACUGGAACUAGGAAUGAAUAACUAACAAUAAUUAUCUGUAAAUGGAGCGUCGAUGUAAAAUAAUUUAAUUUUGUAAUCAUUAUUUAUUCGAUCAUAGUAAUCUAUGGUUAAUUUACACAAUGCUUUCUUCUUUGUUCGCUGAAUAAUCUAUGAGUUUAUCGACCCAUACUUCUUUUAAAGUAGGUAGACCCAAGGUUAGUUAAAACUUGCAACCAUCAGUUAGAACUAAUUUACACAUAGUUUUGUAACGACCUAAUGGUCACAUUGUCUUGUGUUACGAACAAACAAAAAAAUAAUUUUCAAAAUCGGUUCAGAAAUGACGGAGUUAUGGAGUCAUCAUCAUUCGCUUGCCCUUAUCCCAUUCAUUUGGGGUCGGUGCAGCAUGUCUUUUCCUUCCAUAUCUUUCUGUCACCCGUCAUCUCAUCGUUCACUCGCGUUCAUUUCAUGUCAUCUCUCACACAAUCCAUCCACAGUGUCCGAGUUAUGGAGUAACAAACAUUUAAAAAAAAAACAUACAACCGAAUUGAUAACCUCCUCUUUUGAAAUCUUGAAGUCCGUUAAAAAAUAAGUGAAUUAUGGAUACUUAUGUGUCGAGGCAUUUAAAUUAAGGUAUUCAAUAAACAACAAAGUUUAAUGUUACAAGACUCAUCGUAACGUAAAUUCUAGACUCACUUCAAAUUUCUUUAUGGUUGAAUAUGUUACUAUGGUCGAAUACUUCAAAUUAGAUGUUACAAAAAUAGGAUUAUUUAUUUUUUACACAACGUUACAUAAGUAUUAUAUAGAAGCAUUCUAAUUUUCUACAGAAGCCGUGCCAAAUGUACCUACGACCGGGUUUGUUUCAUGCGGACUCUUCCACUGUAUCUGGUUGUAUUAUAUAUCGGGAACAAAUUUUUGUAAGGAAACAGAUGUCUUGAUUUUGUAAUUGAUUUAUUUUCGAUUCCAUAUAUUUGACGGUUGUCAACUUGACUUUUUGGACGCCGUACAUUUGAAAGAAUCAAUACUACUCAAAACACGUCGGUUAUAUCGAGAUUUUCUUUACACGCCACUUUUAGGUGUUGUUGGUAUCCAAAAAGAUAAGUACUUUUAUGAAACUGAAAAAAAAAACAAAUAUAGUGACUCCAUCAAAAUACUGAUAUAGUCGGUAUUGUUUGUGGUUAUAGAAUUGUACCUAUGCAAGAAAUAAAUGCACUGCAAAUUAUUAUUGCGGAGCAUAAUUUUCAUAUAAUGAGGACGCUAGCACGAAGAAUUUCACAUGCCCAUUUUCAGAUCUCAGUGCCACUGUGGGAGCGGAACAGCAAUAUAAUUAUGUGCGUGCGAUAGAGAAAGGUACAGACGGGCAAUGUAUGAAAUUCUAGCGUCCUCAUUUUAGUACGUACCUGCUACUUUUCAGUCGCAUAAUAGUAGUUAAGGCAGCUGUCAAGCCAAAACGAUCUUUAUUGUAUGAUGUAUAAAAUCGUCUUUCCAGUAACAAGGCAUCUACUUGAAAAGGUUUCACAGUCCACAGCAUACUGUAUUUCUCAAACGCUAGUCACGAGUUUUGUUACCUAUAUAAACUGUUUAUGUAUUUUGUAACUUAUAUGAUGUUAUAUUAGAAUGUAUUAAAACGGUACUGUCUUUGAAGCCA